AUGCUUUCCAUGUUAUCGUUUCAGCACGCGCCAAUGUCGCUGCUCAUCAAAUUCGAGUCGAAAUCAGCGCGAGUGAAAGGAAUUUCGUUCCACCCGACUCGACCAUGGGUUCUCACAUCGCUUCACAGCGGCGUCAUUCAACUAUGGGACUAUCGAAUGUGUGUGCUACUUGAGAAGUUCGAUGAGCAUGAUGGUCCGGUGCGUGGAAUUUGCUUCCACCAAGAGCAACCGAUUUUUGUGUCCGGUGGUGAUGAUUAUAAGAUAAAGGUCUGGAACUACAAACAAAAACGGUGCAUUUUCACCCUUUUGGGACAUUUGGAUUACAUCAGAACAACAUUCUUCCAUAAUCAAUAUCCUUGGAUUAUUUCGGCUUCCGAUGAUCAAACUGUUCGUAUUUGGAAUUGGCAAUCGAGAAAUUCGAUAGCAAUCCUUACUGGUCAUAAUCAUUACGUAAUGUGCGCUCAAUUCCACCCAACUCAAGAUUUGGUGGCUUCGGCUUCUCUUGAUCAAACUGUUCGCAUUUGGGAUAUCUCUGGAUUGAGAAAGAAGCAAAUGCCCGGUGGUGGUGUGCCGAGUCGGCCAUCUGGAGCCCAACAAGCUGAGCUCUUCGGACAACCAGAUGCGGUGGUGAAGCAUGUGCUCGAAGGGCAUGAUCGUGGAGUCAACUGGGUUGCAUUCCAUCAUUCGAUGCCGAUUCUUGUCUCGGGAUCUGAUGACAGACAAGUCAAAAUGUGGCGCUAUAAUGAAACGAAGGCGUGGGAAGUGGAUAGUUGCCGCGGACACUACAACAACGUCUCAUCGGUUCUCUUCCAUCCGAACGCCGAGCUCAUUUUGUCGAACUCCGAGGACAAGUCGAUUCGUGUUUGGGAUAUGCAGAAGCGCACCAGCCUUCACGUCUUCCGACACGAGAAUGAACGAUUCUGGGUGUUGGCUGCCCAUCCGAGUUUGAACAUGUUCGCUGCCGGACACGAUAAUGGAAUGGUGGUGUUCAAGAUUCAGCGGGAGAGACCGGCGUAUUGUGUCAACGACAAUUUGGCAUUCUACGUCAAGGAUAAACAGCUCAGAAGGCUUGACUUGACCACAAACAAAGAUGUUGCUAUUUGUAAGCUUCGCGCUUCAGCUGCCUUCAUGCAGCCCUACUAUGCUUUGUCAUUCAAUCCUGCCGAGAAUGCGUUCCUACUUACCAGCCGAUCUCACAGCCGCGAAAUGUGCACAUUUGAUUACUACAGGAUUCAGCCGAACAGCGAUGGCAACACUGAUGCUCAGGCGAACAGGAGCACUGGAAUCGCGGCUCUUUGGGUGGCUAGAAAUCGAUUUGCUGUUCUUGACAAGGCUCAGAAUGUGUCUCUUCGCGAUCUUUCGAAUAAAGAAUUGCGCAAACUCGAGAAUAUCAACACCGCCGUUGAUGAUAUCUUCUACGCUGGAACUGGAAUGAUCCUUCUACGCAACGAGGAUGGAUUACAGUUGUUCGAUGUUCAACAGAAGACGGUCGUCGCUUCGGUGAAGGCGAGCAAAGUUCGCUACGUCAUCUGGAGUAAAUCCAUGGAGUUUGCUGCACUUUUGUCGAAGCACACGCUGACAUUGGUGAACCGCAAACUUGAGAUCUUGUGUACCCAGCAGGAAUCGACUAGAGUCAAGAGUGGUGCCUGGGAUGGAGAUUCGGUGUUUAUUUACACCACCAGCAAUCAUAUCAAAUACGCGAUCUCAUCGGGAGAUUGCGGAAUUGUUCGCACACUCGAUUUGCCGCUUUACAUUCUUGCUGUUCGCGGCGCCACACUGUAUUGCUUGAAUCGCGAGGCGACGCCGGUCGAGGUUCCGAUUGAUCCAUCCGACUACAAAUUCAAACUUGCGUUGAUCAAUCGCCGAAUCGAUGAGGUCGUGAAUAUGGUUAAAUCGGCGAAUCUCGUCGGACAAUCUAUUAUUGGAUACUUGGAGAAGAAGGGCUAUCCAGAGAUCGCAUUGCAUUUCGUCAAGGAUGAGAAGACGCGAUUCGGUUUGGCGUUGGAGUGCGGAAAUCUUGAAGUUGCACUGGAAGCGGCGAAGAAGCUCGACGAGCCGGCGGUUUGGGAGGCGCUCGGAGAGGCGGCUCUCCUUCAAGGACAUCAUCAGAUUGUUGAGAUGAGCUAUCAACGGACGAAAAACUUUGAGAAGUUGGCAUUCCUUUACUUUGUCACUGGAAACAACGAGAAGCUAGUGAGAAUGAUGAAGAUCGCGCAAGCUCGCAAUGAUGCCCACGGCCAUUUCAAUACGGCGUUGUAUGUUGGAGAUAUUGAGGAAAGAAUCAAAGUUAUUCGCAACUCUGGUCAAUCUUCGCUUGCUUAUCUCCUUGCUGCUACUCAUGGAUUCGAAGAUGAAGCUUCGGAGUUGGCCGCCGAGCUUGAGGCCAAACAACAACCAAUUCCUCAAGUCGAUCCGAAUGCUCAGCUUCUGAUUCCACCGCCACCAGUUUGUCGGCUUGAAGAGAACUGGCCAUUGUUGGCGUCGGCUCGCAGCGCUUUCGAUGCUCAGCUUCUCGGUAUCUCGGCUCCAGGAGCUACCACGAAGACCGUUUCUGGUCUCAAGCCGGCUGCUGCUGCAUUUGCUGCUAUUGAAGAUGAGGAUAUUGAUGCUGGAGCGGAUGCUUGGGGCGAUGACGAGUAUCUUGUUGGUGAAGACGGAGCUCCCGAAUUUGACGAAGGCGAAGGUGGAAGUGGUGUUGAGGAUGGUGAAGAAGGAGGAUGGGACGUUGACGAUGAUCUUGUCAUUCCGGAUGUUGCUGAUGAGAAUGCCGGCGAGGAUGACGAGGAGGUUGUUCCGAAUCCAGCACCGCCAGUUUCCUCAGAAUGGCCGACGGCUUCUCGUCUUGCCGCUGACCAUGUUGCCGCCGGAUCUUUCGAUACCGCCAUCAAGAUCCUCCGCAACACCAUUGGUGUCAUCAAUGCUGCGCCAUUCAAAGAAGUUUUCUUGCGUGUCUAUGCUACAUCGCGCCUCUCGCAUCGCGGAUGGGGUGGAUUGGGUGCUGCUGGUCCGAUCAUGAUCCAUCCGAUUCGCAACUAUCAGGAUGAGAAGAACCACUUGCCGCUUCCGGCUGUUCGACUCUCGCUUUUGGCUAAGAAGCUUCAAAAGUCAUACCAAUUGACGACUAAUGGAAAAUUCGGUGACGCGAUUGUGAAACUUCGCGAGAUUCUCCUCUCGAUUCCUUUGCUUGUCGUCUCGUCGAAGCAGGAAGUCGCUGAAGCGGAACAAUUGAUUGCUAUCACUAGGGAAUACUUGGCUGCGCUUCUUCUUGAGACCCAUCGCAAAGAGCUUCCGAAGACGAAUGCGGCGGAGCUUAAGCGAAAUGCCGAGCUCGCCGCCUACUUCACCCACUUUGAAUUGCAGCCGAUGCAUCGGAUUCUCACUCUUCGUUCGGCGAUCAACACGUUCUUCAAGAUGAAACAAAUGCGCACUUGUGCGUCGCUUUGCAAAAGAUUGCUCGAGUUGGCUCCGAAGCCGGAAGUUGCGGCACAGAUUCGAAAGGUGCUCGCGGCGGCUGAGAAGGACAACAACGAUGCUCAUCAGUUUGCUUAUGACGAGCACAAUCCGUUUGUGGUGUGCUCGCGAGAGUUUGUGCCGAUCUACCGCGGCCGUCCGGUGUGCAAGUGCUCAUUCUGCGGUGCGUCGUUCUCGGAGGGACUCGAAGGGCAAUUGUGCGAUGUGUGCCAAGUGGCUGAAAUUGGCAAAAACGUGCUUGGCUUGAGAAUUUCGACGCUUAAAAAUUAA